UAAAAAACACGAAAUGGCGGAAGUUUCCAGAGGAAAUAUGCCAAAAAAAGUGUUGUCAAAGUUGUGGUCAAGGCAGCCGCAUUAUGAAGCGAUGUGUACAGUGUCAUAAUGCAGUAUAUUGUUCUCGUGACUGUCAAAGGAAGGACUGGCCAACACAUAAAAUUACCUGUUCAAAGCCAGUGCUACCUAUUGACAGCAAGAAUGAAAAUUUACAGAACCGACGACAUAAGUUUUCCAAAUCUAUAUUUGAUGAUGACGGUGUAGAGCUAGAGCAAGAUACCGAGUAUGAAGACCAGUCUAAAGAAACAGAAAGAAAGCCAGGCUAUCUCUACCAUAACGAAAUCCACCAUGAUGUUCCAGAACUCAAACCAGACUCUGAUUGCUGUUGUGUUACUGUCAAAGCUAACAAAGAAAAACAUUUGAUAAAAAUGCAAACAGCUUGGUCAGGAGAUGAUAUUUUUAAAGUGCUUGCUUCUGAGGUGAAGAUUCCUCUGGAGAAGAUCAAGGUAAUCCACAAGGGUAAGAUGGUGGAUAAGGACAAUAUUGUGCAGUUUGUGAGACCCAAGGCAGUGUUUCAGGUGAUUGGUGAACAAGCUGCCAAUGAGGAUGGACUUAACCAAUGUGACAUCAGUUUAAUGAUGAAACAGUUGGGAAUUGACAGAAACACUGCUGUGGUCAGCUUAAGAAAGACAGGAAAUCUGGUAGAUGCUAUUUUUGAAGCUGGCAAUAAAUAAAACAUAACAUUAAACAAAAUUAUGUGUCUUGUUUAUUAGGGCUCAUUCUAGAAUUGCUGUAAGUGAUGAUGUUGGGGUUGGGGUGGGUAGGUUCAGAUUAGAGUGAGGUAAUAUUAUUUUGUUGAUAGUGAAACAGCUUGAAUGGGUUGUUUUAAAGGAAUAUUUUAAUGCAAGUACUGUAUGUAUAAUGCCAAAUGAUUUAAUUUUAGUAUGUGAGUGGUGAGUACCUGAAUUUUAAACAUUGCCUGUGGACCUCCGUCCCAGUAUACUAUUUAUGCACUAGAAUUAUUCAUGUAUGAACUGAUUUAAUAUAACGAGGCUGGUGUUUUCAUUGUUUGGGGUUUAAAAGAGGAUUUGCUAUUAUUCUCUUCUUUUAGAUUGUUUGUACUAUGUUUAGAAUAUAUGACUGAAUAUAUGACCAGAUAUCAGUAUUUAAAAAAGUUAAAUUGGUGUUGGGAAUUGGGGAGGGCAUGCCACUUGGCUUGCAUCACCUCAUAUGACUGCUGAUUUCUGUCAAUAUUUAAAAUUAAAAAGAAAAAGUAACAUAAAAUUAUUCAAGCAGCAUACCAGUUAUAAAUAACUUUAUAACAUCAUUGUGUACAUUUUUGUCUUUACUAAUGACCCACAAACUGGGAUCAUAGGCAUUGACAGAUGCCAGCAGCUGGAAGGGCCAGAAAUAUAUUAAUCCACCUGAGAUGGGUGUGUUAUGGAUGCAUAACAAACAUUCAAAAUUGGGUGGACCUCCUGUAUGGGGUUGGAAUUCGGAGCUCAUUUCACUAAUGGUUUGUGAAAUCAAAUCGGUAUUUAUGGCUUUCAAUUGGUAGAUUGGACCUAUGCAGUCUCGCUGUCUCACAGUCACACUUGAUGUGGACACAUGUUAUUACAAAAUAAAUGGUGUGUGUACUAUU